AUGCCCCCUCCGCGCGGCCCCACCCAUGCGUUCUGGCAUAUUCCUGUUAAGGCACCUUGCCCACCCCCAUCCUUCAAUGCCCUGCCCCUACCCAAGCCAAUUUAUUUCCUUCUUAUGAACGAACCUUCCGUCCCACUGUUACAGCUGCUAGCUUCCCCUUCAAAGAGCUCCUCUCCCCAACCCCUCCUCUUCCCAAGUCACCCCUCCUUCUCCCCCAUCCCUCCCUCUCCCUCCACUCCCCCGCUCCCUCCACCACUCCUCAACCCCCACCCGUUUUCUACCCCCAUCCCACCGCUCCUCCACAUGCAUCACCGCUUUGCACCGCACAGACAUAUCGAGCGCCAUUCUGCCAGGCAUGACACUGGCAGAGCUCAGUCCACGAGCCCUGCCGCCAUCUGUGCUAACGCGGCGGGUGCGGCGGCGCGCGGACGCGGCGGGCCCGGCGGCGCGCGGACGCGGCGGGCCCGGCGGCGCGCGGACGCGGCGGGCCCGGCGGCGCGCGGACGCGGCGGGCCAGGCGGCGCGCGGACGCGGCGGGCCGGGCGGCGCGCGGACGUGGGCCGAGACGCACAGGCGAUUCUUCCUCCGCCUGUCCACGCCCCUAUCACCCACAACUCCUUACGUUCCCCCUCACUCUCUUCCCCCCCUCCUCUAUUCCCUCCCUCCCAUUCUCUCACCCUCGCAUGUAUGCAGAUAGUGGCGAUGGGCGAUGAGGAGGCGAGGAGGAGGGGCGUGCAGAAGAGUGUCGUGGAGAGGGGAGGCCCGCGCGAGUUCGUGGACGAUGGACUGUGCACCGCUGUCGUGCUGACAUCGGGGAUGCCCUGCUCUCGGGUGGAGAAGCGGGAAACCACCUGUCCCACAAACCCGACGUUCGACCUGGCUGGCUCCUCUCAUGCUCACACGUCUCACGUCCGCUCCCUUCUCCCAUCAUCUCCCUCCCCUCCUGUGCGCUCUCCACUACUUCCAUGGGGUGCUGCAGGCAAGGCACUCCAGGUGUUGAGGCAGCACGGGGAGGUGUGGGUGGAUGGCAAUGUCGCCACCGCUUCCACUGUUGGUAGAACCGGUAUAGGCAGCAACAACAGCGGUGGUGGUCUCCCUGGUGGCAGCAGUGCCGGUGUCACGAGAGCGGGUUCAUGGGACGGCCAGGGGCCAACUGGUGCCUCAGGUGGCACCCCUCAAAAGGCAAGCAUGGCAGCAGUGCUACCACGUGCCCCACAUAUCCUCUUCCCUUUUGCAGCUGCUUGGGGACUACCCACUCUUCUGGCAGUACACCGGCCCACUCGCCGCAUCUGCAUUCUCCCCCUUCAUGCCGCAGGUCACUUAAAGGUUUCUGUAGGCGCCAUAGGUGUCGCCAUUGGUGUAGAGCAUGUUGUAGGAAGUGGUGAAUGCAGAGCAAAGGGUGGUGGGGCAGGUGUGGGAUGGCGGGUAGAAGGGGGUGCUAAAGAGGGUUUGAGGGCAGGUGGAGUGGAGCAGAGGGGUGGAUGUGUGGUGGAGAAUGCAGCAGCAGCUGGGUGGAGGACUGCUCAAUUAUUCAGUCGCAAUCUAUUGUCCUUUGCCUCACCUGCUUCCCCCCUCCCCUCCUCCCUGCUUCCCCCCUCCCGCCGCCCUGCUUCCCCCCUCCCUCCGCCCUGCUUCCCCCCUCCCUCCGCCCUGCUUCGCCCCUACCUCCGCCCUGCUUUCCCCCUCUCUCCGCCCUGCUUCCCCCCUCCAUCCCCCCUGCUUCCCCCCUCCCUAGGCCCUGCUGCCCCCCUCCCUCCGCCCUCCUUCCCCCUCCCUCCGCCCUCCUUCCCCCCUCCUUCUGUCAUGCUCCCCUCAUCCCUCCGCCUUGCUUCCCCUCUCCCUCCGCCCUUCUUCCCCCCUCCCUCCACCCUGCUUCACCCCUCCCUCCGCCCUGCUUCCCCCUCCCUAUACCCUGCUUCCCCCCUCCCUAUGCCCUGCUUCACCCCUCCCUCCGCCCUGCUUCCCCUCUCCCUCCGCCCUGCUUCCCCCCUCCCUGCGCCUUGCUUCCCCCCUCCCUGCUUCCCCCCUCCCUCCCCCUGCUUCCCUCCGCCCUCCGCCCUGCUUCCCCCCCCCCUGCGCCCUGCUUCCCCCCUCCCUCCGCCCUGCUUCCCCCCUCCCUCCGCCCAGUUUCCCCCCACCCUCAUAGAGGUGAGCGUCACGCACCAGGUGCCUUCUCGUCACGCGCGCUUUCUGCUCGUCGCGCGAUCUCCUCCCCUCGUCACGCGCGCUUCCCCUCCGCCACUCCAAUUGGGAAGCGUUUGUCCUUAUCGCCAACCCCUACCCACGUCGCCAUCGACACCAUCGUGUGUAGCAACUCCCCCAUACGCCCUCGCUCCUUCCAGCCGCAGCAACUCCUUCCAUACUGAUGUGAGGGGCAGAGCAGGAGAGACAGAGGGGGAUGGACAGGGGGGAUGCUCUGUUCACCCCCCAAUCUAUUCUCCUUUGCCUCACCUGCUUUCCCCCUCCCCUCCCCCCUGCUUCCCCCCUCCCUCCGCCCUGCUUCGUCCCUCCUUCGGCCAUGCUUCCCUGAUCCCUCUGCCCCAUCCCCUUCCCUUCUUCCCCUCAUCCCCUUCCCUGCUUCCCCCCAUCCCCUUCCCUGCUUCCCCCCAUCCCCUCUCCAUGCGUCCUUCCACUCCCUGCCCAGGCCUCCUUCCCCCCACCCUCUGCCCUGUUCCCUACCUGCCCUCUCAAUCCCUGCGUUUCCCUCCCUGCCCUGCCCUUCCCUUCCGCAUCCCUUCUCAACCCUUUCCUUCCUUUUCAUGCCCUCCCCUUCCCCCUCACUCCUCACCUUCCGCCCUCUAG